AUGUCUGAACUCUCCGAGAUGACGUGGAAAUGGAUGGAGUUGCACGAUUCGAUCUCCUCCCCCGACAAGAACAGCAAGACCGUGGACAUGAACCCACUUCAGCAGGGAACGUGCGACCCUCUAAGUGCCUCCAUGGGACCCACCUCCGAAAACGGAAUACAGCCAUCACCAGUUGCAAGCCAGGGAAGAGGGUUGAAUGGAGUUCAAAGCCAAUUGCCGUCAAAAACAUUGAAGCCUCUUGUUUUGAAUGAAAACUGCGGGAAUGAGUCUGGCUGGACGCCACUGCAUCACGCAGCGUUCUGUGGCAAUAUCCCCCUGAUCAAACACCUCCUGCACAGACGGGCAGCCAUCAACCAGCGCAGCGAGUUCCAUUACACGCCCGUACACAGGGCUGCUCUGAACGGCCACGCCGAGGCCGUGGACUAUCUUCUGCAUCGUGGAGCUCUCCUCGAGGCCAAGACCCGGUGUGGAGCCAGCCCGCUGCACUGUGCUACGGCCCACGGUCACGUCGACACCGCCCGGCGGCUCCUGAAAUACGGGGCGUCCGCGGGCAUCAAGGACAACAACAAGUGGACCCCUUUACACUGGGCCGCCGUCAACGGACACAGGGAAAUGGCCGAGCUGCUGCUGCUCACGGAAGGGAGUGCGCUGGACGAAAGGACGGAUGACGGCAUGACACCGUUGCAACUGGCGGUGCAGGCCGGGCACACCGAGGUUACCGAAUAUCUACUGAAGGAGGGAGCUGACGUUAAUGCCAAGGAUGAAAUUAACGAAACUGCUCUACACAAAGCUGCUGCAUGUGGAAGAAUAGAGGUGAGGUGGUAAACCUGGAAACAACACUAAACUGC